AUGUUCCCCCCUGGAAGCGGUAACGACGUACUAAACGUCGGUUCUAAAUAUGUGAUCAGCAUGUAUGGUACGAACGAAGUGUUCACAGCAGAAGGACAGGACGUCCGUCUCAGGGAAUACCAGGAGGGCAAGGGGAGCCAAAUAUGGAUUUGCGAAAUGAACCCAGAGCGUCGGUUUGGCAUGCGAAAUUCCGCAACAUGGCGCCUGCUAGGCCGGACGGGCCAAUACGAUCAAUUUGGAUGCAAAGCGACCGAUCAAAGGGGUUGGGAGUGCCUUACUUUCAACCGCCUUAGCCUGGGCGGAUACUCGUUAAUGAUGAUCAACUCGAGCAGUAAUAGGCUCCACCCCGUUCAGCGUAUCGACAACAAGAGUUUUUCCCGGUACCUAAAGAUCGGGGGACAAACGCACCAGUUGGGGUUGCACCAGCUUAAGGAUACAGUGUUCAGACGAUUCGAAUGGGUGAUCCCUCAUCGCCUCGCACGCUCGUCUGCACCAUUCUACGACGGCGAGGAUUCCGAUCAGAUGAUUAACGAGAACUCAAUCGAGUUCCUGGUCAGCCACGGUAUACGGAACAUAAUCAGUUUGAACUCUUCAGAGCUACCCCAGCGCCAGAGGGGUAGGUUUCGUGCUGCCAAUAUCGCGUAUUUGCAAAUCAAGAUUUCCGAGGCUACCGCGCCGACUCAGGAGCAGUUCGAUCAGAUCCGUAAUUCCUACGACACAGGUAAGACGACGCUGGUGUACUGCGGGUACGGAGAUGGAAGGACCGGGACAGCGAUCAGUGCACUGCAACUCUUCCAGGGCCGGGCCCUGAGCCACAACGAUUACAGGGCGAACCGGGUACAGGAUCCAAGCCAGUUAAGGGCAUUGGAUGCAUUAAGUGAAAGAAUCCAUGGGCGAGUAUCUAUCUCUUCUGGACAAUCUCUCAUUGCCUAUGCU